AUAUGUUUGUGCUAGCUGUUGCCGAUCAACACCACCUCAUUACAUAAAACUUUCACCAGCAAAUCAAACUUUAGUCUGUUGCGAGAACAAUACAACUAAGUACAGACUUCUUACUGAACAAGAGGAAGUUUGGUUUAAAGACACCAAUCAGACAACAGAGAAACCAAGUUUAAGCAGAAAUUUUGUGAGUAGCAGUCGAAGAAAAUCUACUAAAGUCAUGUCAACUCCAGCAGAACCUGAUUCAUUUUCUAUGCUGCCAACAGACACACACAUUCAACAAAGCCUAGUAAAUGAUCCAGCAGAUAUUUUCCAGUCACAUAUUAUUGAAUUAUGUGAUAUUAUCAGUUCUGAUGUAGUGGCAGUUUGCAAUGCUUGUGUUUCAUUUGAACUGAUUGGGCCCGAAACUCGUUCUUAUAUCAUGACAGCCAAAGGAGCAUCAGAUUAUGAAAAGGCUACGAAACUUCUUUAUGAUAUUGAAUUACAACUAAAGUCCCGUAUCAACAAGCAAAAAUAUUUGUCUAAUGUUAUUGAAGCUUUUUUGUGUGUUAAUAAUUCUAAUCUUAGUAUAAUUGCUGAAAAAUUGAAAAAUUCAUUUUUGUACUAGA